GGCGACGUGAAAUUUUCAUUUCAAUACUUCCCCGCAACAAAGAGGCUCAAGGUCAUCAUCAUCAGAGCCGAGGGACUCCGGUUUCCGGAAAAGCCGGAGCUGGUCCUGAAUCCUUUCUUCAAAGUCUGCCUCAUGCCCGGCAAGCUGCAGAAGCAGAGCUCCGAGCCGGUCCGGCAGACGUGCGCUCCAGUUCUGGACAAAGAGUUUUUCUUCACGGAGCUGAACUUGGAGGAGAUGAAAAACCUGCGGCUCAGGAUCAUGGCCUUCCACAAGGCCCAUCACCUGAAACUCCCAGAGUACCUAGGGGAGGUCAACGUGCCUUUGUCAAACUACGACCUGUUGAUGGAGAACAGGAUGUGGAACGACCUG